AUGAGUUACUCAAAGUUGCUUCUGCUCUUGUUUGGAUUUGUAGUUCUGAUCACUCCAUCUCUCUCGGAAUACCAUGACCAACCUAAGCCACCCACCACCCCCACUUACAAGCCCCCAUCAGCUCCCGUUAAGAAACCACCACCCCCAAUUUACACACCACCACAAAACAAACCUCCAACCAAAUUACCACCACCCCAUCAUUACAAACCAAUUGUGCCUCCCAGAGAAUUGAGGAGUCCACCGCCUUAUAAGAAGCCAUCACCGAAUCUGCCACCUCCUGUUGUCGCGAAACCACCGCCUUAUAAGAACCCAUCACCGACUCUGCCACCUCCUGUUGUCGCCAAACCACCGCCUUAUAAGAACCCAUCACCGACUCUGCCACCUCCUGUUGUCGCCAAACCACCACCUCAACACAAGCCAACACCAGCUACUGGUCACUAUCCGGGACACCCUCCAUCGAAGAACCCUGAGCACAAGCACAAGCCGGAAGGAAAGGUUGUCCCACCUCCGACUCCAUACAAGAAGCCGCCAAGAGCAUACAAGCCGCCGCACAAGCCCCCAACUCCACCUAACCAUUAUUGA